CGGUUAUGGACUCCCCAGUGUGGUAUAAAUAGGAGUCUCUCUCUCCUAUGGAGAGACACAAUCCUAGGUAGGAACACUGAGAUCCAAACAGACACAGUGAGAGAAGAGAAGAGACACUCAAACAUCCAAAACACACACACACUCAUCUCUGCAUCUGUGCUUCCAUGCAGAAAAGACCCCAGGGGACACAGCGCCAGCUGAGCCUCAAAAAACAAGAAGCUAAGACUGUGCUCAUACCAUGGAUACGAUGGAGACAGAGCUGUAUGUUCCACCAGAUUCGCCGAGAGCUUCCAUGCCAGAUGAGUUGUGUCAUCCUUAUUCCAACUUCUCGAAUUGGAAGUUUAAGCUGUUUCGAGUUCGUUCAUUGGAGAAGGCUCCCCUUCCUAGUGAACCGCUCCUGGAGAAGGAGGCUGAAGUGAAGGUGGGAGAACAGGUGGACAGCCUGAGUGUUCCUGGCAGCCUUAUGAAGAUCUGUCUAGGGGGCAAAAAUAAAGAGAAUGUGGAGGGCACUGGCAGACAAGUGGAUCUCAAGCUUCAGGAGAUUGACACACAUAUGGACCAUCUCAGGUCUUUAUGCCGCUUAUGUGGCAUACUUCUGAGAAAAGCAAAAGGUCCCAAGCAUGAAGUCCAAGGAAACCUGGAUGAGUCCAGCAAAUAUGCAUUGCGCAGGAUGGGCUGCAAGGCUUCUAGAUGGCCUGACGUCAUCCUGAAGGUGUUUAAAGUAGAUGUGAGUGGAGACAUGGAAUCCAUCCACCCUCCCAUGUUCUGUCAUCGUUGCUGGACUGUAGCUAUGAGAGGAGGGGGAAUAUGUAGCUUCUCCAGGACCAGGGUCCCUAUAUGGAAGCCCCACAACUCACACUGCCUACAGUGCUACCCCAAGAGACACAUACUUCAGCGAAGAGGAAAGAAGAGAAGGAAACCACUACAUAGUCUUCCCAAAAGGGCAAAGAGAGAGACAUCUACAGGGGGCAAUAGAGUGUGGAGACAGACCAUAGACAACCCACCAACAAUGGGCUUGAGGACAUGGGUGAAGCCAGCUGCUCAGCGGAGCCUUUGGGUAAAGAAUAUAACUCAAUGCCAGAAAGACCACCUAACCUCCACCCUACUCCCAGGUGAUUUUCCAAAAGACUUUGUGAGUGCUAUUGUGUGCCAAGUGUGUGAUCACCUAUUGUCUGACCCAGUCCAAUCCCCAUGCCAGCACCUCUUCUGCCGUACCUGCAUCCAAAAGUACAGCCGUGUAUUGGGUCCCCAGUGUCCAUCCUGUGGCUUCCUAUUUAACCCAUGUGACCUAAAUAGUCCUGCCAAAGCCUUUCUGUCUAUUCUCCACUCUCUUCCUCUGCUCUGCCCAAGAGAAGGUUGUGGGGAAUUGGUCAGAUUAGACUCCUUUGCAGACCACUGUCUAAACCACUGUUUUGAGACAGAUGGCAAAAAAGAACAGAAUUUUCCCCAGCAGGAUGUGGAUGGCUACUUACCUGUCAACAAAGGGGGUCGCCCUCGCCAGCACUUGCUCUCUCUGACACGAAGGGCUCAGAAGCACAGGCUGAGAGAGCUGAAGAAUCAGGUGAAGGUAUUUGCUGAUAAGGAGGAGGGUGGAGAUGUGAAGUCUGUGUGUUUGACACUGUUCCUGCUGGCACUGAGGGCAGGAAAUGAACACAAACAGGCUGAUGAGCUGGAGGCCAUGAUGCAAGGCAGGGGUCUUGGCCUCCACCCAGCUGUGUGUCUGGCCAUACGGGUCAAUACAUUCCUCAGCUGUAGUCAGUACCACAAGAUGUACCGCACAGUCAAAGCUACUAGUGGACGCCAGAUAUUCCAGCCCUUACACACUCUCCGUAAUGCUGAAAAGGAGCUUCUUCCUGGUUUCCAUCAAUUUGAGUGGCAACCAGCUCUCAAAAAUGUGUCAAACUCUUGCAAUAUUGGGAUCAUUGAUGGGCUUUCUGGGUGGACAGCCUCUGUAGAUGAUGUACCUGCAGAGACCAUUUCUAGAAGAUUCCGUUAUGAUGUGGCACUAGUAUCAGCUUUAAAGGACUUGGAGGAGGACAUCAUGGAGGGACUUAGAGAAAGAGGAUUGGAUGACAGCACCUGCUCCUCAGGUUUCACUGUGGUGAUUAAGGAGUCAUGUGAUGGCAUGGGAGAUGUCAGUGAGAAGCAUGGAGGAGGACCAGCUGUCCCAGAAAAGGCAGUGAGAUUUUCGUUUACAGUGAUGUCUAUCUCUAUUCAAGCUGAAGGUGAAGAGGAAGCAGUCACUAUCUUCCAGGAAAAAAAGCCUAACUCCGAGCUUUCCUGUAGGCCGCUGUGCCUCAUGUUUGUGGAUGAGUCUGAUCAUGAGAUACUGACGGCCAUCUUGGGACCUGUGGUGGCAGAGCGUAAAGCUAUGAAGGAGAGUCGCCUCAUUCUCUCUAUAGGUGGGCUCCAACGCUCCUUCCGCUUUUAUUUUAGGAGCACAGGCUAUGAUGAAAAAAUGGUGAGAGACAUGGAAGGUUUGGAGGCUUCAGGCUCCACUUACAUCUGCACUCUCUGUGACGCAACACGAGCUGAAGCCUCUCAGAACAUGGUGCUUCACUCCAUCACUAGAAGCCAUGAUGAAAAUCUUGAGCGCUAUGAGAUAUGGAGAACGAACCCUUUUUCUGAGUCUGCAGAGGAGCUUCGGGAUCGAGUCAAAGGGGUCUCAGCCAAGCCUUUCAUCGAGACACAACCCACAUUAGAUGCCUUGCACUGUGACAUUGGCAAUGCUACUGAAUUCUAUAAGAUCUUCCAGGAUGAAAUUGCUGAAGUGUACUUGAAAAACAACCCAACUCGAGAAGAGCGCAGACGCUGGCGGUCAGCCCUUGACAAGCAGUUAAGAAAGAAGAUGAAGCUAAAACCAGUGAUGAGAAUGAAUGGGAACUAUGCCCGGCGACUUAUGACCCGUGAGGCUGUUGAAGUGGUGUGUGAGCUAGUUCCUUCAGAGGAGCGCCGUGAGGCUCUGAAAGAACUAAUGGAGCUGUACCUCCAGAUGAAACCCGUGUGGCGUUCUACCUGUCCAGCUCGAGACUGUCCUGAUCAGCUGUGCCGCUAUAGCUUCAACUCUCAACGUUUUGCAGAGAUCCUCUCCACCACAUUCAAAUAUCGCUAUGAUGGCAAGAUUACUAACUACCUCCACAAGACUUUAGCCCAUGUACCUGAAAUUGUUGAGCGAGAUGGCUCAAUUGGUGCCUGGGCCAGCGAAGGGAAUGAAUCUGGGAACAAACUUUUCCGCCGCUUCCGUAAAAUGAAUGCUAGGCAGUCCAAAACAUUUGAGUUAGAAGACGUAUUAAAACACCACUGGUUGUACACAUCGAAGUAUCUGCAGAAGUUCAUGGAGGCUCAUAGGAACUCAGCAAAAGCACUGCAAGCUACCAUCAACCCAGAGGAAUGCCCAGAUGACAUGGAUAAUUCUCUUGACAUAAUAGACUUUUAAAAAUGUAGGGUUUCAUUGCUUUACUUUUUAUAAUUACACCCUUGAAAUGACACUUUUUCAAAUAACUGUUUUUUAUUUCUUUAGAUACGUGUCAAUGCCAUCUUGAAUUACUUUAUUGUUAACCUUUUUAUGUUUUAUACAUUUCUAUGCAGCUGUAACUUUCUGACAUAGAUAAGAUAGGGCGGGAAGGGCUAUACAUUUUUAUCUCAGAUUUUGCAGACAGGCUUUUCUUUUCAUCCUUGGCUGCUGGUGAAAUAUGGGAGAGUUUAUUGUAUUGCCAAGUUAUGACACAUUCAAGAAUUUAUACAGAAGGAUUAUUUAUGGAAUCAAUUGAAAGCACUGUAAGUCAUAGAAGGGGAAUUGCUUUAAAAGAGACAACUUUUACAAUCUCUGUAUUAAUUUAUCACAGAGGAGGGCAGAGACAAAAUGGAAUUAGGGAAACUCAGACUGCCUUAGUUUCAGAGGAAAUGGUGAAAGAAAAGAAUGCUGGUGUACUCCAGGGACUUCUCUGGAAAAUAGCGUCAUGGCCGCACAUAUGUUCUUGUAAAAAAUCCCAGAAAAACGUUAUCCUACUGUACCUUCAUUUUUACAUCUCAAGACUUUGCACAACACUGAACACUUCACAUUUGUUUUAGUAAUUUUGCCUCAGACCAUACACCUUGUUAUUUUUAAAAACAUUACAUAGUCACUCUAAUCAUGAAGUUAUUUUACAGUUCUAUUGUUAUAUUAAUGUCUUAAUGUUCAUUAUAGCAGUUUGUGUAACCUGUGUAGGAUGGACUAAGCUUUAAUGGAUUGAUUGAUUCAUUCAUUUACUUUAUGUAUUUAAGAAAAUUGAUUGAUUGGUUACAUUUGUUUACUGUGAAGUAUUUUGAGCAUAUUUUGUUACUCUAAGUGACUACUUGAAUAAUACAUUGAUUACAUUGUUAUGUAUUGGUGUCUUUGACUGACUGAUUGAUUGAUUACAUGAAUACCCAGCACACUCUAACAAUUUUAAUAUGUCAGUAGAAACCAAAAGCAAAUAGGUGUUACUAUGUACCCUGUUUAUUGUUUAUUUUUUAAUGGUCUGCUAUUGACAUGUUACAUUAUUUGUGUUUUUGUGAGUAUGUGCUGUAGGGUCCACAAGGCUGAUGGCCCAAAGGGCUGCAGAAAAUUUCUACCUCCAUGAAUAGAACUUUACUAAGUGUUUAUAGUUUGUGUGUUACAUUUGUGCCUUUCUGAAUUUGUACCCAAAUUCUUUAUUCAAUUAAAAUUGCAUUACUCAUUUAAAUAAAUACUGAUACAAGUGAAGUAAAUUAA